AUGAAUAUCGACUAUUAUGGACGCAUUGCGGAGAGGCUCCAAUUCGACGACACUCCAGUAAUGGUUGGGUCUGCGGCAUGUUUCGUCAUCGGCUUCCUCCAAUACAUCUAUGCCAUCAGACUUCUUAUCCGAGAGGGCCAAGGGCCUAUCCCCUUUUGGAUGCAAACAUUCUACGUAGCUCACGAGUUGACAUUCGUUUACCUCUUUGCUGAAGCUGCGCCACGAUACGACUACCACUGGUUCUUUACCUCAACCUCAUUCUCGCUAGCAGUAUGGGCAGUCCUUGAGAUCUUCUGUAUGUGGUAUACCAUACAAAGCCCAAAAGACCGUAUCGCAACAUUCUCCCAUCUUUUUGGACGACACCCUGCCACUUCAUCAAUCUUGACCUACACUGCCUUUCUGCAACUCGCUAUGUUUGCAUUAGUCUGGGUUCUGAUCGAAUUCCUUGGUCCUGGUAGUUUCAUGCUCACAGGUGCGCUUACCAAUGUUCUCUUAAUCAUUGGGCCGACGCAUGAGUAUCUGUCUCGUGGCUCACGUAAUGGUCUGUCCAUUGGAUUCUGUCUGACUAAUGUUGCUUGUGUUGUAUGGACAUUUGCACCUUUUAGUCUGGGAGCCACGGUGUUACCUGAGAUAUUUGACAAGACAAUCAUGUAUGUUGCAGGAACCAUCUUGCUAGGAUAUUCUGUGUGGUUAACGACCGUUGUUGCGUCGUACCCUGCUAAGACAGCUAUGAAGGGGCAGCCGGUGCCGAUUUGGUAA